CAGUGUAGUAUUCUAUAUGUUGAAAUUAAAAUUAAACUUCUUGUAUGAUUUGUCUUUGGCAUGAAUGCCCUGUUCCAGGGACGUCCAAGAGGAAACCCAAAGGCUUUUGACAAGCCCAAAUGCAAGAUUUCUGCAUCUCGGAAACUCUCUCUCAAGAUGCUGCUCCUCAACAGAGCCAUGGAAGAGUUGGAGAGGGAGAAACAAGAAAAGGAUGAAGAGAAAUCACGCUACCUGAAUGAAAAAAUGAUUCCUCUACAACUCUCAGGACUCUCACUGACAGAAUUACAAAAUCUGUGCAAACAACUCUAUGAAAAGAUUGACAUUGUGGAUGAAGAGCGGUAUGACUGUGAGGCUAAAGUGAUGAAGCACAAUAUUGAUAUUCGUGAACUGAAGCUGAAAGUUCAGGACCUGGGAGGGAAGUUUAAGAAGCCAGCUCUAAGGAAGGUACGUGUUUCUGCUGAUGAGAUGAUGCGAGCUCUGCUGGGCUCCAAACACAAGGGUUCCAUGGACCUGCGAGCCAACCUCAAGUCCGUCAAGAAGGAGGAUAUCAAACAAGAAAAGGUCCUGACUUCAGAGGUAGGCGACUGGCGUAAAAAUGUGGAAGCCAUGUCUGGUAUGGAAGGAAGGAAGAAAAUGUUUGAUGCUGCUGGUGGAACCCAGUAAACCUAAUCUGGAUGUAACCUUCUAGAGUCCUGUAGAGAGAAGACUCAAAAUGGAACAAAAGAAAAAAGUAAAAAAAAAGAAAGAACGUUGCAGUCUCUUUUUUUUAAUGCGGCCUAAUGAACAAAUUUAGAAAUUUAAUUGGCUUGAAGGUGAUUUCACUUCAUGUCUUUAACUGCAUAUUUAUUCAAAAUAUAAUCUGAAAUGUCCUGUUCUGAGUUACAUUAGGGCCAUAUAAUCGACCUUAUAUUUUGAGUGUAAUUUUAUAUCUUUAUUUCUUUAACUGUCAAAGUAGUUCAGAGAUUAUUUCCAUGCAUUUAAAACUAUGGUCCUAAGUGUAUUAUUACUGAAAUACAUCAUUGUAUAGAUGUAACAGAGGUAAAGACCAUGAAGACUAUGUUUAUGUGCUGUGUGAAAGUCUUAAUUAA